ACAAUUAAAUUCAUUUGUACCUUUUAUCACUCUUCACUUCCAACUUUGAAUACAUCACUUCACUUCAGAUCAUCAAUAUCAAGAGACAUCAAGACAUCGAAAUAAUCACAGACAAACAAUACAACCUCAUCCGCCCAGAUGGCCAAUAAUCCACUCAGUCCAGAUUCCAUUCUGCAUCAUAUGGCAGAAGCUUUACCUACCCAUCAAAAAGAUGAUACCGAUUCCGAUAUCAGUAGUUCAUACGAAGCUAUCGCCCUAUUCUCUCACGCAUGUAUGAUCGCAGUUGGGUUUCGACUCAUCGGAUUUGCAGAAGGUCAAGAGGGUAAAGCUGAAUGCGCACAACUUGCUCCCCGGUUAUCAUCGAAAUGGAACUCUUCCUUUGGAUCCCACUCAUUCCUCUACGCUCACUCCCAAUCCUCUAUGAACUACGUCGUCAAAAUCGAUCGACUAGGUGGCAAGGCUGAAAUCCGAGGAAUAGGACUCGGAGAUGAGAAGAUUACCCGUCUUGAAAUCACAGCCAGAGAUUACGUUUCCGCCUCUGCGCUCCCUUUACGAAUUCCUUUCACAAAUGACCAAGAAGAUCGUUCAAAUCUCAAAUCAAGGCUCAAAGAAAUUUUCAUCUCUCCUCCUAGAAUCGCAGAUCUCGCUUCUCUCUUCAAAAUAAAUAUUAUCCAAAGGCUCAUUCCAUCUUUACAAAAAGAAGGGUACGAGGAUACUCAACAAGGUGUAGGUGAGAGCGCAGGUGAAGCCUCUCGGGUUCAUGAUGAAAGAGAAGAAACACAAGCUCGACGAAAUCCUUUACCAAAUCCCACAACCGACCCACGUCUUCCAGCACCAGCUCGUCCAUAUCCAUACAAUGACCCCCUUGCCGACCCACCACGUCGUCCCAUCCCGGCUGGAGAUUUCCCUCCUCCUGGUUUCGAUGACGAAUUGGACCUUAAUCGUCUUCGACGCCCUGAUCCUCGAGGAACGAUUUCCCCUUUCAAUAUCGGUCAUGAUGAUUUACAUCCUGCAGGUCUAGGACCCAACGAUCCUUUCCCCGGAUCUUUUACAGGUGGGGCAGGAGCUAGAGGAUUAGGGGGAAUUGGAGGUAUGCAUCCUACAUUUGAUGAUCCUCUAUUUGCAGGACAAGGACAGAGAUUAGGAGGUGGUAGAGGAGUAUUCAACCCGCAAGCUCCGCCAGGUGCAAGAUAUGAUCCUUUGGGGCCGGGUGAUGGACCUCAAAGAGGUGGAGAUGGAAGACCACCCAAUCCAUUCACGGGGUAUGGAGAUGGGGAUUUCAUGUGAUUAUGGGUAAGAGAGAGAGAGAAAAGACUUAAGUCAAGGUACCGAAGGGAAAGGCAAUGGGAUGGAAGGGAAAGGGAACUGCAAUAGUUGAUAGGAUAGAAGGUAAGGGAAAGGAAAGGAAGGAAAACGGUAGGUAUUAUGAUUUCACGAAGUACAGGAUUUCAACGAGCCAGAGCAAACCACGCAAGCGAUCAAAAAUGCAAUCACGACAAUACUACAACACAACACAUCACACCGCAUCUUGAUAUCAUAUCCAAUAAUAAAAUCACAAUUCAUGAAUAGCCAAAAUAUGAUAAUUCAUAUAAUUCACAUAAUUCUUUCCC